AAGGCACACUGCGCCUGCGCAUAAAGUGGAAGGCCGAGCCACCCUCAAAGGGCGCAGAGACACAAUAUGGAGGGGGACUAUUUCGUCGUCGUGAAGGAGGAGGAGGAGGAGGAGGAUGGAGCGACUGAGGAGUACUCCGAGGCGCUCCUGAGGCCCAUGCCUUCCCCUCCGGCGGCGCCGUCGUCAAGCCUGAGCGAGGAAGAGCGUGGCUCCCGCCGCCGGGCCCCCUCCGAGGACAAGGUCUUCAUCUGCUCCUUCCCGGACUGCAUCGCCACCUUCAACCGGCCCUGGAAGCUCAAGGCCCACCUCCUCCGGCACAUGGGCCAUGCCCAAGAGCGCCCCUUUAUUUGUACUUACGAAGGCUGUGGUAAAGGCUUCACGAGAGAUGCUCAUCUUAAGCGCCAUUACCUUAUACAUACUGGAGAAAGACCAUAUGAAUGCACAGUAGCUGGCUGCAAUGACAAGUUCAUAACAAAAGCGAACUUGAACAAGCAUAUUACACGCAGGCAUCUACUGAGGAAAUUUGUAUGUGAAUUUGAAAACUGUGGGAAGUCUUUUAAGAAGCACCAGCAGUUAAAAGUCCAUGAGUCUCAACACACCGGGGAGCCAGUCUUCAAAUGUACCUACGAAGGAUGUGGAAAGCGUUUUGCUACACUCACUCACCUAAAACGUCAUGGGAAAACUCACGAAGGUUAUACAUGCAGAAAAGAUAACUGUUCAUAUGUUGCAAAAACCUGGUCAGAGCUUCUGAAACAUAUGAGAUAUUGUCAUACGGAACCAGUGAUCUGUAAGGUGUGUUCCAAAGUAUUCACACGCAAGGAUUACCUGAGAAGCCACCAAAAAAUUCAUGCUGCCAACAGAGAAGUACUAAAAUGUCCAAGGGAGAAUUGUGAACGAACAUAUACCACAGUGUUCAAUCUCAAGAGCCAUAUUUUCUCAUUUCAUGAGGCAAAAAGACCAUUCCGAUGUGACCAUCCUGGCUGUGGAAGAGACUUUGCAAUGAAACAAAGUCUCAUGAGGCACACUGUGGUACAUGAUCCUGAAAGGAGAAAUGCCAAAUCAGUUCCAACCAGAGUGGUACUGAAGAUUGAGGAAGAUUACUUCGGCUAAACUCUGCUGAGGGAGACUGUUUCCAAACAAAGCCAGUCUUCAUUUUUCCCAAAAAGACUAAAACCCUGGGAUAUACUGCUUUUCCUAUAUUUUUGGGUUUACGGGCCCAGUCUCAAUCUCUUAGUGAUUUUUUUUUUUUUUUGAGACUACACAGCUGCUGUUUUACAAAACCUCACUGAGGGUUCCUGCUUUGCUGCUUAAACAAUAGAAGAUUAAGCAACAAUGACCACAGCUAAUUCUGACCCAGUUCUUGGCAAUGAAAACUAAAGGGGAGUAAAUGUAAGUCCUGGUUGUGGAAUAAGCAGAUGCAUUUCACUAUGAUGGGCCUAUUUAAUGCUGUGAAAAAACAGAGAUGCUCACCAAAAACCUUUUGAUAUAGUGUAAAUGAUGGAAGGUAGCAGUUUAUAUUUGCCUGGCAGUGGAUGCAAGUAUAGUUUAUCACACCCAAGAUUUGACAAAUAAAGAAAUGUGGGGUAAACUACAGGAUUUAUUUGAUUCUCCAAGUAGCACUAAUUAGGCUACUCCUAUCAUGAGGCUUGUGAAUACAAAGUUGUUCUUCACUUUUUUGAUGAACACAUUAAUAAAUUUAUAUCCACACUGUGUGUGGAUAUUCCUGGAGAAUUUAUGCCAGAACCCAUGAAACUUGGAUUAUUUUUGGCUAGCCCUCCAAAAUAUUACACUCCAGUAAUUAUGGCUUUGCAAAUUAAAGAAAGUGUGACUUUACAAAAGGCGAUAACUGAACAGGUAGAAUACCAAACAAACAAAAUUUUAUAGAAUAUAACUUGUGAAAUAAAAAUUACAGGAGAGGAAUUAGCCCAUCUAGUUGAAAAGAAUUUGCAUAUUAAAGACUUCUUCUAGAAUAAUGGGGAGAAAAUGGAACAAUUCAAAGGUAUCAGAGGCCAUAUUUUAAGCCAGCUGCAAAAGCAACUAUGAGAAAACAGCCUUUAACUUUAAAGACAAAUGUCAAAUUAAUGUUGGUCUGUUUAAAGAAAAAAAUACUCCAAAUAACUGAGAAUCACAGUCUCAAUGCAGUUAUUAUAGACAGUGGAACCAGUAAACACUACUUCAAUCAAAAAGAAUUCUUUAUACACCUUCAUAGGAAUGUAAAACUUUCAAUUUAUUUCACAAGUGGCAAAUAAUACACAAGGAAUAGAUGCAGUCUUUUUGUAAGUGAGACUUGGCACUAACAGAAUAGAGACUCUGUAUAGUGUACGUACCACAACAACAAGAGGUAAUCAAAUGCUAUUCAGGAAGGAGUCCUGUUUUGAUUUUCAUGGCAAAGAUUUAACAAAGGAGUCUUAAGGAAUAAAUGCAAUGAGGUGGAAAUUGUUUCAUUUGCAAACAGUGUGACUCAGUACAAUCAUGAAGAUUGUUUGAAUUUGGGCAGCACAGAUUGGGGCAUGGCCAGUCAUGAACUUGCAAGAGACUUUAAUUUUGAAAUGUGCUCUAACAAUGAAAGAUGUAUUGAAUGAGCAAAGGCAACCAAGAUUUCACAUUUGCCAGUCGCUGAUGUUGUAUGGUGGAGGAGCAGUAAGUUGGGCAAAUAAGAAACAAUCUACAGUUACAAAUUUCUUUCACUGGUGCUGAGUGUAUAUCCACAAAGGAGUGUGUACUCAAAUACAGUGGCUGCAUAUAUUACUUCGGUACUAUGGAAUAACAGAAUCCAUGCUAACCACUUUGAUACAGAGCUGCAUCAAAAUUUCUGAGUAACAACACACUCAGGAAGAAUAUUGACAUUGCCCUUCACAAGGUGCAAAGAAUACAUCAAAGUGGACUUGUUCAGUUACUAUACUGCAACACUAAAAUUAUGAUAGCUGAUAUCUUUACCAGACCUCUCUCAAAAGAGUGUUUCCAGAAACUAUGAGAAGAGAUGCAAGUUGCUGAAUUGUGUGCAAGAGAAUGAGAAGGGGAACUGGAAAGUCAAGCACUCUCUCUCUCUCACCCCUUCAUUGCUGUUAGAGCAGUUGGGGAUUUUAGAUAGUUUAGGGCCCCUCCUGCAUGCCUAUACUCAUCUUGAGUCUUUAGCUCAAGUUUUCCCAUUUAUUUAUACAUAUAUAUAUAUAUUGCAAUGCAUGGUCAUAAUUUAUCUAAGUAACCCAAUCAUGUUACCUGAGAAAAUUCUAGGGCCGGUGGUCAUAUAAAAACUCUCCCUUCUCUAUCAACUUUCUCUGUGUUCUUUUCUCCAUCCUUUGACCUCAGCUUCAAGAUGACAAGUUAAAAUUUUAAACUCAGUGGUGCUCUUCCUUUUACCUAAUCUUUUCAUUAGUUAGUUAGGAUGUAGGGACUUCAAGUGUAUGUACAUGCUAAAAGCAAUUAGUAAAGUUCUUUAGUUUGUAAACGU